AUGAGCAACAGUAAUAGUGACAACGAGAAUGAGGGUGGCCUCAAUUUGGCUGGUUUCCUGUUCGGUAACGUCGACGAACAUGGCCAUCUCGAUGGCGAUUUUCUCGACGAGGAAGCAAAACAGCAACUAUCAUCACUUUCGCGCAUGGGUCUAUCGUCCUUCCUGGCCGACGUUUUGCAGGAUGACGAUGAGGAGAAGCCUUCCCGUGCGUUCAGCGAUAGCGAUGAAUCGUCCUCCAGUGAUGACGACCGCAGGCACCGUCGCUACGACGACGAUAGUGAUGGUACAAACUAUAAAGUAAAAGCCGACUGUGCAGUGGAUUAUUCCGACAUAACAGAGCUUGCGGAAGAAUCGGCCGUCGCACCAGCGUCUGUCAUCAAGAAGGAAGAAUCGGAUGGAGUUACAGCGGAGGAGAAAAAGGACAUAAAAGUCGAAGACGACGUAGAUGAUAUUGAAGCAGCCAUUCCAUGCUCUCGUGUUGAGGCACGAACGGCUUCUGACCAGUCCGCAGUCAAGGAGGAGAACAUCGGCGGAAAUGGGGUGGACGAUAAGGAACUUAUGCCACCACCGACGGCACCGGUAAGUGGCGACGGAACAGCGCCGAACGUUUCGCAAGGCACGGACGAAGCGUCAAAAGAUAAGCCGAAAAAGCUUGAAACCCCUCUGGCCGCAAUGUUACCGUCCAAGUAUCAGAACGUGGACGUGCGCGAAUUUUUCCCAGAUUUUCGGCCAGACAAGGUUUUGCGCUUUUCCCGCCUCUUUGGACCGGGCAAGCUUUCCAGUCUGCCACAGAUUUGGCGCAGUGUGAGGCGACGUCGAAACAAAAAGUCUCAAUCAUCCUCGCGUAAACCACGCGACGGGUCGGAUUCCACGUCCGAUUCGGACGAACCGAGACGUCGUCAGUAUUUCACACCAACGUACGCACCGCUGCCUCCGAAGGAUAUGUGGGCAUCGGAUGAUGAGGUGCGCUUUACCAGCCGUGAGGCAGACGAAGAAAAGGAAGUGAAAGAUAAAGAAUCUGACAGCAAGGGUGAUUCGAAACCGAAGGUGGCCGACUGGCGGUACGGUCCGGCUCAAAAGUGGUAUGACAUGCUCGAUGUACCCGAUACGGGGGAGGACUUUAACUACGGAUUCAAGCAGGCCGAUCCGGUCAAACUAGAAGCGAUUCCCAUGGUAACGUCCGUCACAGACAAGACCUUUCCGGAUGACGCGUUCUUGAUGGUGUCCCAGCUACACUGGGAAGAUGACGUGGUGUGGGACGGGAACGAUAUCAAGCACAAAGUACUGCAAAAGCUCAACUCGAAGGUAAACGCUGCCGGUUGGUUACCGUCGAGCGGUUCGCGAACGGCCGGCGCUUUCAGCCAGCCGGGAAAAACUAUUCCGGCCUCACCGGCAAGUACCGGAACGAAAUCAUCCUCCGCGAGCAAGAUGAGCAAAACGCAAAUGAUCAUCAAUGCGGCACAAAAGGCGCAAGAAGAAAACGAAGACGCUUGGUACAGCAUUUUCCCGGUGGAGAACGAUGAGCUCGUCUACGACAAAUGGGAAGAUGAUGUAAUAUGGGACGCGGAAGCAGUAACGAAGAUCCCCAAGCCAAAGGUACUGACGCUGGAUGCAAACGAUGAGAACAUUAUUCUCUGCAUUCCGGACGAUAUUGAUCCGUCCAAAAUCGUGCGCAACACUGGCCCCCAGCCGAAGGUAAAGAUCCCCCAUCCGCACGUAAAGAAAUCGAAGAUUUUGCUCGGCAAAGCGGGUGUGAUUAAUGUGCUGGCCGAAGACACACCACCACCACCGCCCAAGAGUCCCGACCGUGAUCCGUACAACAUUUCGAACGAUGUGUACUACAUGGCAAAAUCGACUGAGGCGACACUUAAAAUCAAGGUGGGUGGUGGCAAUUUGUUGCAGCAUUCAACACCGACGGUAGAGCUUCGGGCACCGUUCGUCCCGACGCAUAUGGGUCCGAUGAAGCUACGCAUGUUCCACCGAUUGCCGAUGAAGAAGUACUCGUACGGUGCCCUCGCUUCGGCCAAUCCACAAUCUGUUCUGCCGCUACAGAAGCACAUCAAGAAAAAGGCAAAACAGCGCGAACUGGAACGUAUUGCAUCGGGUGGUGGUGAUGUGUUCUUCAUGCGUACCCCCGAAGAUUUGACCGGUCGCGACGGGGAACUGAUUUUGAUAGAGUUUUGCGAGGAACAUCCGCCACUGAUGAAUCAGGUCGGAAUGACAUCGAAAAUUAAAAACUUCUACAAGCGCAAAAUGGGGAAAGAUUCCGGUCCGCCCGAGUUCCGCUUCGGCGAGACGCAUUAUGCACACACGUCACCUUUUCUCGGCAUUCUCCAUCACGGCCAGUGCAUACAAGCGAUCGAGAAUAACAUGUACCGGGCACCGAUCUAUCCGCAUACGAUCCAUGAAACAGAUUUCCUUGUUAUACGCACCCGCAACAACUACCACGUGCGGGAAGUGGACGCACUGUUCACGGCCGGCCAGGAGUGUCCACUGUACGAAGUGCCCGGACCAAACUCGAAGCGUGCGAACAACUUCGUGCGUGACUUUUUGCAAGUGUUCAUCUAUCGGUUGUUCUGGAAGAGUAAGGACAAUCCGCGUAAGAUUCGGAUGGACGACAUUAAGAAAGCGUUCCCGGCACAUUCGGAAAGCAGCAUACGGAAGCGUUUGAAGCUGUGUGCGGAUUUUAAGCGAACGGGCAUGGAUUCCAACUUUUGGGUCAUCAAGCCCGAGUUUCGUUUACCGUCGGAGGAAGAAAUACGGGCGAUGGUAUCGCCGGAACAGUGCUGCGCGUACUUCAGCAUGAUCGCAGCCGAGCAGCGGCUGAAGGAUGCUGGCUAUGGGGAAAAGUUUAUCUUCGCCCAGCAGGAAGACGACGACGAGGAGAUGCAGCUGAAGAUGGAUGAUGAGGUAAAGGUAGCACCGUGGAACACGACCCGUGCCUACAUUCAGGCAAUGCGCGGAAAGUGUAUACUGCAGCUGAAUGGACCGGCGGAUCCUACCGGAUGUGGUGAAGGGUUUUCAUACGUUCGAAUGCCAAACAAACCGACGCAACAAAAUAAAGAGGAAACGGAAAGCCAACCGAAACGCACCGUUACCGGUACGGAUGCCGAUUUGCGCCGACUGUCACUAAACAACGCAAAAGCGCUGUUGCGCAAAUUCCAAGUGCCCGAGGAGGAGAUCAAAAAACUGUCCCGCUGGGAGGUUAUUGAUGUAGUGCGUACACUCUCGACCGAGAAAGCGAAGGCCGGAGAAGAAGGAAUGGACAAGUUUUCACGCGGCAAUCGAUUCUCGAUCGCCGAACAUCAGGAACGUUACAAAGAGGAAUGUCAGCGGAUUUUCGACCUUCAGAACCGAGUGCUGGCCUCGUCCGAGGUGCUUUCCACAGACGAAGGCGAAUCGACUGCAUCGGAAGAGUCCGAUCUGGAAGAGUUGGGCAAAAAUCUGGAAAACAUGCUCGCGAACAAGAAAACAUCCACGCAGCUAUCGCUCGAGCGUGAAGAGCAGGAACGUCAAGAGCUGUUGCGCAAGAUCAUGGAAGAACAGGGCGGAUCGGGACAGAAGAAGAAAAAGGAUGAGGAAGGAUUGAAGGACGAACAGCAGUCGAGUACGGCGAAGAUAUUGAAAAUAACGCGCACGUUCAAGAAUGCUGAAGGGCGUGAAUAUACGCGUGUUGAGCUGGUGCGCCGCAGCCCGGUAAUUGAUGCGUACGUGAAAAUACGUACCACGAAGGAUGAGGCUUUCAUACGGCAGUUUGCGACCCUUGAUGAGGCCCAGAAGGAGGAGAUGAAACGUGAAAAGCGGCGCAUCCAGGAGCAAUUGAGGCGUAUCAAGCGUAACCAGCAAAAGAUCGGUUUGCAAAUGCAGAACCCACAUAACUCGGUUGGAACGCCUAUCAGCCUUGGGGAUCGGGAAACAAACACUCCGAAACCAUUUUCAAACCGAUUGCUUGAUAUAUCGGGACGCAAUCUCGAUAGUCCCGGUGGGGGUGGUGCUGCGUCUGGUUCCGGAGGUUUGUCCGGACCAGGCAAGGAACAUAGCCCAUCAUCAUCGUCCCGCCGGAAGGCUAAGAUAAAACCAGACUUAAAGCUCAAAUGUGGUGCCUGUGGACAGGUGGGACAUAUGCGUACUAACAAAGCCUGUCCGCAAUAUUCGGGCAUCUUGACGACACCGUCACUGAACGUGGCAAUGACCGAGGAGCAAGAGGAGGAGAUCGAGAAGGAGCUUAAUGCGGACGAUGAAGGCGAUCUGGUGAACGUGGAUGGUACGAAGGUAAAGUUGAGCGGCAAACUGUUGAAACGUCACGAGGACGUGAAGCGCCGUACACUGCUGCUAAAAUUGCCCAAGGAAGCAUUGGGAAAGAAGCGUCGCCGGGUAGGCGGUGACUCACACUGUGACUAUCUGCAGCGACACAACAAAACAACGAACCGCCAGCGUACGGAUCCAGUCGUCGUGUUUUCGUCCGUGCUGGAACAGAUCCUAAACGAGCUGCGUGAUAUGCCGGACGUGCAGCCGUUCAUGUUUCCGGUCAACGCCAAGCAAGUGGUCGAUUAUCAUCGCAUUGUGCAGAAGCCGAUGGAUCUGCAAACGAUUCGCGACAACAUAAGGCAGAAGAAAUAUCAAACACGCGAAGAGUUCCUGACGGACAUCACCCAAAUCGUGGAGAAUUCUUCGAUUUACAAUGGGGCGAAGAGUUCGCUCACGGUUGCGGCCCAGCGCAUGCUGCAAAAGUGUAAGGAGCGUGUGCAGGAACGCGAGGAACGCCUGACGCGGCUAGAAAAGAGCAUCAACCCACUGCUGGACGAUGAUGAUCAGGUCGCGCUGUCGUACAUCCUUGGAGAAUACGUGAAUGGUCCGCUGAAGGCGAUGCCCGAGAGUUGGCCAUUCCUGAAACCGGUGAACAAGCGAUUAGUGAAAGACUACUACACCAUCAUUCGACGUCCGAUGGAUCUGGAAAAGGUGUCGAAGAAGGUUGCCUCACACAAAUAUCACUCGAGGGCCGACUUUCUAAUCGAUUUGCAACUGAUCGCGGAUAACAGCGAACAGUACAAUGGUGCGGAAGCAAACUUCACCAAACAAGCACGCCAAAUGGUGGAAGCUACACGGGUGGCGCUGGACUCGAUGGAUCACAACGUAGCGCAGCUGGAGAAGAAUAUUGCCCUGGUACAGGAACGGGCACGUAACGAAGAUGACGACAUGGACUGGGAGGACGAUGAACAGGAAAUGAAGGGUGGUGCUGGUGGUUCACGGGAAUCUUCACCCGACCUGGACGAUGGUGGUAACGAUAGCAAUCCUGAUCGACCACCUUCAUCUACGGACGCUUCCAGGGCGGCUCGAUCCGAGGCGAAGCGUGCCCGUGUUCGUCAACGAAAGGCCACCAAGGGUGAUGAUUUUGCAGGACGACCAUACGGUUCGUCCUAUCCCGAAUCGGCAAUGCCAUUCCCGAUAGUUCGCCCGAGCGCUAAUCCUGCUUUCCAUCGGUCCGGGUCAAUGAUCGGUACGGGCAUGGGUGGACUGAGUGGCUUUAUGCCCGGUAUGGGUAUACCUACGGGUGCGAUAUCUCGCAGCAGCAGUAGCACGGUACACGAAAACUCACAAAUGAUGCAUGCCAAUGUGGCCGCUUCGGCUUACGAAAUGAAUUGGAUGAAUUUGGGCGCAGAGAACUAUGACGAAAUGGCUGGACCUUCCGGGUACGGUAGUGCCGCUAAUCAGUAUGGAAACGAAUAUGGUAGUGGCAGUGGUGUGCCGACCGGAUUUAACGAUACACAACCGUCGCAAAAUCCGGCAAACGUUGCUAAUGAUGAACAGAAUCAAUUGUUUCAGCCCUUACCUUUGGUCACUACUAGAAAGCGAGAUCAUCAAUAUUCAACGGAUGAUGAAGAAUUCGAGGAAGUCGGUACAAGUGACAAUGAGGGUGUUUCUGUAACGUUGGAACAAUCGAACACCACCUCCAGCAUGAUGCCGCCACAGAGCGAGGACGACAGUCAGCAAGCAGCCGAAGCGAUGGUCCAGCUUAGCAGUGCCCAAUACUACAACGCCGCGCAGGAUGAAUCGAUGGAGAUCGAUCCCAACUACGAUCCUAGCGAUUUCCUGGGAAUGUCAAACCGGCAGCAAACAGGUGACACGAGUCGCAACGAAAUCAGCAGCAAUCAACCAUCCUCGGAUGCAAACUAUUCGAUCGAUCAUCAAUCCAACCUAAACAGUGAAUAUUCUCAAGAAAGCAGACAGGACAGGGAGGGUAAAGAUCAGCAGCAGCUGGAACAGCAGUUUCAUGACCAACUGGAUGCAUCUCAUACACCGGACAAUGAAACACAACAGCAACAAACAACAAGUGCCCUUCCGGCACUACAAACUCUGCACUCGGAUUUGGCUAUUUCCGAUAGUGAUGAUGAAAAGAGUAACUUGCAAAUGGAUGAAGUACGCGACGAGAACGAUGAUAAUGACGAAGGUGGAGAUCUUUGGUUCUAGACGAACUUCUGUGAGCUUAAGGCGAGUUACAGUAAGGUAGUGAAGUAUCCACAAACAAGAUGCAAAGAUUUAGCUUUGCAAUGGGGAAUUUUAUAUUUAAUAAAGUAUGUCUAAAGCUACUUUUAGAUGUUCGAAUGUUCUCUACAAAAGAGAAA